AUGGCGAGCGCCUCGUCCUACGCAGAGCCAGGCGUUCCCAGGGCUCUCCGACUCUCCUCCUCCUCUUCCUCCCCCAUCACCCCCGCCCUCCGGCUCAUCCUCGUCCGCCAUGGACAGUCCACGAACAACGUCCUUAUGGAGGAGCUUGAGGGGAAGCGCAAGUCUGACUCGAUCUCUCUGGAGGAAGGGAGGGAGCGAUGGUUCAGCGAGCGAUCGGAUGAUCCUCCCCUCUCGCAGCGAGGGGAGGUAGAGGCCGAGAUGCUAGCGUCCAGGCUCUACCCCGAGCUUGAAGGAGAGCGAGUUUCCCUCCUCUGCAGCCCUAUGAAGAGAGCCUUGCAGACAGCGAAGCCGCUGGUCGACAAGUUUGGGGGCAGCUGCCUCGUUCACCCGGACUUCCAUGAGAGCGGAGGGAUCUACGGCAGGGCGGUGGCAGGAGUUUGCGGGCCCGGCAAGGCGCUAACCAAGCAGGAGAUCGAGGAGCAGUUCGGCUACGACACGUCUCUUCUCCCCGAGGGAGAGUGGGACAGGCGAGCAGGGAGGGAGGAGGAGAGCGAGGUGCCUAAGAGGGCCCGUCGGGCAGCCGACUGGGUGCUCUCCCUCCAGCUCAAGGAGGAGGCUGCUUCUCGGGAUCCGGUCAUGCUCAUCGUGAUGCACGCGGAUUUCAUCGACCAUCUCAUCAAGGCCUUGUUCAUACUCAGAGGAAAUCUCAACGAGGAGCUGCUUGAAUGCUUCAACCUUCAUACGGACAACGUCAGUGUGACUGAACUUCGUGUGCCCUUUGGAGGAGGAGCUGUCACCCUUCGAUACUUGAACCGCCUCAUCCAUGCUUGA